UACACUGUUGGUUAUUUAUUUGGGUAGAGAUCAGGUCGCUUCGUUUGGUCGAAGCGUGCCAAGCAUCUCUAAAGGGACAAAGUAUAAUUUGUCGGAGAAAGUAUGAAUAGUUGAGGGAAGAGUGGUAGCGUCGGUAUCGGUAUGUCAGUGUUGAUUAAAUUCCGAUGAUAUGGGAGCAGGAGACAUGAAUAGAGAGAUACCGAGCAGCACCCUCGCGACUCUCAGGGGGAUCCUGGUGAGCUCGUUGUCGAGGGAGAACCUGGGCCCGCACGAUCUACCCGUGCACGAGAACGGAAGGCAUCGAGCCAGCAGGAAGGUGCACUUUCGCGAAGCUGGAGCCGCUUCUGAGGACACUAACCAAAGGUCCAGUUCUGCACACAAUCGCCACUCUCUCACGAAGGAACAAACGAUGCACUGGUUCGCCCAAAUCGGAGGUGACGAGGCCUCUACCGAUUCGUCAGAUGUGAAGCGCCGGCAAAGUUUCUACGACGAGGACUCCCUCGACGGUGAUCAUCCUAGCGAGAACGAAGGACGGGAGUCGACGGGAAGCGCGAAAGACGUGGACAGGGCGAAGCUCGUCCGUGAGAGACAGAACGAAGAGCGGCAGCGGAAGUUGGAAGAGUUGAGGCAGCAGGCCCUCGCCGCGCAACGCUUCCGGGAGCAACGGGAAGAGGAACGCCGACGGCGCAUCGACGAACUCAGAUCGCGUGACAACGACAGACGAAACCAAGUCGAGGAGAGGAAACGGUUGAUAUGCGAGGCGGAAAGGGAACGAAGGGAAGCGAUCCUCCGGAAGAACCAGGAGAGGGAGGCGCGUAUCGAGGCGAAGAAGAAGAACGAGAGGUCUCACAUCGUGUUCGCCUUUGGAAGUUCUACACCGAGAAUGUUGGAGCCAGCUGACACCGGCGGCUCCACUUUCUGGGGUACACGUAGAGCAACAUCUAUCACCAAUGUAAUGAUGUUCUCCGCUGCUCAGCCGUUAACAAGGAGAUCCUCCGAGAGGGAGCUCGAUGGUAGCAAGAAACGAGCAACGUCCGCCGGUGGGCUUGACCGGAAACCUAGCGAAGAUAUGAGAAUGUCCUCGUCCAUGUACGAGGUGUUCAAUUGGAAUUCUAGCCCUGAUCCUCCCUUAACCCCUGCCAAACAUAAGAGAGCCAGCCUCUCUCUGCCUCCUACAACUGACAUCUUUGCCAUCGAUGAUAAGUCUGAUAGCGACACUAGGCGUCCGAUGAUUCAGCGGGCUGCCAGUGGUGAAGAGAGCGACGGAACACCGGGAACACCUAGCUCGGUUUAUCUACGGGUGAACAGGAGACGUACGGACCUGAUGCCAACGAUACCGUCGCCCCGUGACGCACCACCGACGUCUGGACGUAGUUCGAGCGCGAAGGCCUUCACACGUUCGCCAGGUAGGACUUACUCCAUGUCCAGGCUGGACCAACUGGCGCAGCCUCGGAAACGUCCGACAGAACUUAGCACACUGACGGAACAGCAAAGCCAGCCACUGAGCGCUUCUAGCAUGAGUCGCAGCAUGUCACAUUUAGCUGCGUCCGGAGGCAAGAGCCUAAAACGCUCAGAUAACUCUCGUAGCAUGGGUACAUUGCCAGGGGCGGUACUGAUGCCAAGACCAACGAGGGCGGAGAGACUUCGUCGCAAAGCCCGCGAACAUCAGAACCAACAGCAGCAAGGCAUCCGCAGCGGGGAGGUGACACCGAACAGCCCAUCACGACCGCACAGCUCCAUGAGUCAGCAAAGCGCCAGCAGUGUGGGCAGCAGUAACGUCAAUCUGCGUCCCCGUACAGCUGCCCCGCGUCGACCGCGACCUGCUUCUAUUGCCGGUACCGGUGUUUCGGUCACAGAACGACACAAUCUGAUGGCCGAGACGAAGUUGACGAAGGAUUCGAAGCCGCCACUGCCAAAGGCCCAUAACACUCCAAAGAAACCGUCGACACCGAAAACAGUGUCGGAGAUCAAGAAGCCGACGGAGAAGCUGGUGAAGAACGCGAAAGCGUCACCGCGGAUAACUCCGAGGGCGACACCGUUGCAGAGUCCCGGAGCGGAGAUUGCACCGUUGAUACGCGAGAGCACCGGCGAGAUAAUCAAGAGCGAGGUAAAGGAGGACAUCAAAUCAGAGGACAAACACGAGGAGAAGAAAGACCAGGGCACCGAGAAAACACAACAGGAAAUAAGCGCGGCGGAACACGGCGGCGACGAAGUGAAGAAACCGGCCAUUAUCGAGCAAUCUAAUUCCGUGUCGAAGCUAGUGAAGGAAGAGUCUAAUUUGAAUCAGGAGAACCAAUCGAGUGUACAGUCUCACGAAGCACCGAAAGUUACAAAGAAAGAGGAGAAACAGGAGAAGAAGGAGACCGAGGCGAAAUCCGACAACAACGUGGAAGAACUGGUCGACAUGUCAGCCUCGAUGAUAGCGAAGACCCGGAUUACCACGGAAGAGGAAGCUAAGGCGGCCAUUGCGGAACGUAGAAGAUUGGCUAGAGAACAGGCCGAACGGGAAGCCGAGCUUGAACGACAACGACAGGAGGAUGAAGCCCGUUUAGAAGCCGAGAGAUUGCGCGCCGAGGAAGAAGAGCAACGUCGCUUGGAAGAGGAAACGCUCCGUUUGGCUAACGAGGCUCGAGAAGCUGAAGAACAGAGACUGAGAUUGGCGAUCGAGGAAGCGAAACGUCGCGAAGAAGAGGACAGGAGAAGAAGGGAAGAGGAAGCUCGUCAAAAACAGGAGAAGGAAGAAGCUGAACGGAAAGCGAGAGAAGAAGCGGAGAGACAACGGAUCGAAAUGGCCGAGCGUCUUAAGAGGGAAGAGGAGGAAAGACAUGCUAGACGUAAACGCGUCGAGGCGAUUAUGCUUAGAACUCGGGGCAAGAAUCAGAGUAAUACACCUACAAAGGGAGAAGGUGGUGAUGGCGAUAAGUUGAAAGAAGACAGUCCCAAUGAUGAAAAUAAAUCAGCACCAGGUAGCAAAAGCGAAGACGUAAUGACAGCCAGUCUGAUAUCAGAAGCGACUCAACAAUUUAUUAGCGGAGAGCAGCGAGCUCAUCACACGGAAAACAAUACUGUUACGGACAUUGUGCAUAGUGGCACGCAUAGUAACGGCAUGAAUGAAAGUAAAAUUGUAUUGGAUAAUAAUCAGGGUAAAGUGGAAGGAGAACUGAAUGGUCAUCAUACAAAUCACGGAAACGGUAUCAACAAUCAAUCGAAUACACUGGAUAAUGACACCGUCACAGUAAAGCGCGUGGCGGACUUACUGUUAACCGUAGAGGAAUGGGAGGCCCUCGACAAUAUCGGUAGUGGCCCGAAACUCCAACAGACAACUAAUUUGGCGAACGAAGACACCCUCAACUCGAACUUCAAUCCAGCGGCUAUACCUUUCACUCCAAUGACGAACACAUAUAUGCCUACCGCUGCUAAUGCCAAUGUAAAUCCGUUCCAUGAUUCUUUUAUUAACAACAAACCACAAGAUAAUAGUCAAGUACCAGAUCUUUUAUCAUAAUGCGCGUAUUAAACAUUCUGGUGAAAGGAAGAAGAGAACAGAUAUUGGAUUGAAAGAAAGAAAAAAAAAAAGAAAGAAAGAAAGAAAGAAAGAAUGAAUAAAUAUACCCGUGUUGCUUACACACCGAGCAAUAGGUAUACAAUAAUUCGAGAUGACGUCAUUUAUGAGAUAAUGUAAAUAAGCGCUAUCGAUGUGUGUAGAAAAAAGAAAACGGAGAUCCAAGUUAUAGGAGAGUGGGGGCACUACGUCAGUAAGGGACAAACUUUACUUUUGUCCUUCGAGCGUUGUCACGAGAAAAAAAUGUAAAAUAAUAUAUAAUGUUAAUUAAUAAUAUUAUGCAACAGCAAAUAGGCACUCAGUCCGUUAUAGUAUGCUAUUAGAUAUAAAUCUAAUCUUUUAGAGGACCUUUAAUGGGGAAAAUAAGGCCUGUUUAUAACAUAUUUCAUUUCGAACGGAUAUACGCGUAAUAUAGAUUUUAUCGUGUGUAUGAAAUUUCGUUAAAUUCAUUUCACACAUUGAUUUAACUACAUUCGCCCACGUGCUCUAACGUUUUACGUUCAGAAUGUUCUUUUUUUAAUCGGGAUAAUAAUAUACGAAAUGGAACGGGAUUUUUUAUCGAAUUUGACGACACGAAUCAGUCGGUGUAUCGAAGGAACGAACAAACAAGGAAACAAACAAACAAACAAA